AUGGGUGCGUCUUCCUCUUCCUCCCUCAGAUUUUUAGAGAAAUUUGUGAGUUGGAGCACUAGAGGUAAAGAAGAGGCACCUCCAUUCAUCAUCUGCAAUGACCCGCUUGUCAAGAAAGAGCUGUUGCCAUCUGGAACCCAAUCCACUUCUGGCUGUAGUAUUGCUCUUGGGAAGUUAAGGCAGAAGAGGCUCUUCUUGGAGCAAUCUGGAGCAUGCUGUAUUGUUAUGCCAUGCCAGUUCUUACAUGCCUGGCAUGAUGAGAUUUCACAGGGUUGCUCGGUUCCGUUCCUCCAUGCUGGUGAUUGCGUUGUAAAGGAACUCAAAGCUGCUAACUUGAAACCUGUUGAGUAUGGAAGUAAUGUCCGUGUAGGAGUUCUGUUCACUGACAAUAAAUUGGCUACAAACUGUUAUCUAGAUAAGCUGGAGAGCCAGGGUUUUGAGGUACUAUGUCCAGAUAAAGCUUCCAUGGAGCGUACAGUGUUACCAUCAGUCGACACAUUCAGGAAGGGGGACAUGGAAGGCGCGAGAAACCUGUUGCGAGUAUCGCUGCAGGUUCUUCUUGUGAGAGCUGUCAAUAAGAUAAUCCUUGCGUCCGAUGACCUUGUAGGCAUUUUGCCUGAUGAUGACCCUCUGCUCAAGAAAUGUAUAGACCCAUUGGAUGCCUUGGUCCGAGAGGCCAUCGAAUGCGCACGAGCACCAUGA